AGCGGUAGAGCCAGGGGUCUUAUUUAAAUUGGUGGUGUGGUUAUUCCACGCAGCGGCAGUGAAAAAUGGGCUUGAGGGGUAGGGGAAAAAGAUAGGAGAUAAAUCCUAGGUGGGACUCCAGCCAGGGCUCGGUGCAACUGGAAACACCUUGGAUAAGUUCUCAGGUGUCCACGCUGCCUCCGAGUAGGGACAAGUCCCCCUGUCCCCAUCCUGGCAGCAGCCUCUGCCUCCCCAAGUGCCGGUGGGCACGUCCUGGCAUUGAGUUUCGGAAGGCGCGUGCUUGCACUCUCUUGGGCUCAUUUGCACGCUUGCUUGCUCCUCUCCAUCGCAUGGAGGUGCCCGUUCCUCUCUGCUGCCCACAGCCAGGCCAGCGUGGCUGGAACAGCCUCAGGUUUGAGUUUUGAGGAGCCAGGUGGGAUCCCUCAGUGAUGGAGGAGGUAUCCGUCCUGGAAGAGGAAGGACAUGACAGCAGCAUCAACGCCUGCAGGGAGAUGACAAAUUCUCAUCUGUUUUCUUGUGAUGAUGGAGGAUAAUCUGGCUUUUCUUGUCCCGGGGACUGUGCAAGUGAACCUGGGGGUGAGAACCGGUCCCACCAAGGCAGGGCAGGAUGUGACACCUGCUGGUGAUGGGGCAACAGCUGCCCAGACGUGGUGUGAUGACCACAAGCCCUGUGGGGAUGAGCUCUGAACCCCAAACACCUCCAUUGUAGGUAGAUAUGGGACUGGAUACCAGGCAUGGCCAACGCGUCCUGCCAACCAAGCCCUGCAACACUGGGUGCUGGCACAGUCACCACUCUUGAUGACCACAGAGUCAUCAAGCAAGGGCACAGGGCUGUCACCACCCUCAGCAGCAGAGCCGGCGUUGAGUGGGAAGAGCCGAGGCUGGAUCUGGGCGCACAACGGCCCCUUUUCAGUCCCACCGGAUGCGGCAGCGAGAUGCCGGAUGGUGCUGAGCCCUCCCCGGCACAACCACAGCAUCCGCUCACCCAGCUGGGUGCAGCAGGAUGGCACUCAACGGGUGACACCACCUGUCAGCCCCCCAUAGGCGGGGGGUGUGGCAGGGACCCCCAAAUUCCUCGGCACAGCUGGUGGGUGGAGGUGAAGGCCGGCAGUAGUGCAGUGGCGCCACCGUUAUCACACCGAGGAGCGCAAAUAUUGCUGCCAUUAAGGCCAUAAAAGGCACGUAGAUACGGCGAGCAGUGGGAGGCUGUGGGAAGGAUGGAGUAGAGCCUUCAGAAGCUGUCGGGACAGCCCAGGGAACAGGCAGCCGCGUUGGGGUGCGGGACUGAGCCCCCACCGCAGCGCUCCCCGCCUUGAGGCCAGCGAUACAGAGCCGGGAUCCCAGUGAUGCCAUAAAGACCACGACUGGUGGCGAGGCUUUGGACAAGCCGGUGUUUGCGGGGAGCUGCCCAGGACGAGUUUAUUCCAUGUCGGAGCAGCAUCGGCACCCCCACCCCACGCCAGCCCAGGAGAGGAGAGAGACGGCUCGCCGAGAGCAGCUUAAGCAAAGGAAAAGGUGACCAGGAUGCUACACCAUGGGAAGCACUGGAGGUCCAUGUGCAAGGGGCUCGUCCUAGGGACCCUCCUGACCAGCUUUAUGCUGCUGCUCUACUCCUACGCAGUCCCCCCGCUGCAAGUCAGCGUGACAGAGAUCCCCGUCCCCUCUUCCUGCUCCUCCUACUCGGUGCCCCGCAAGGUGCCAGCAGUAGCCAAUGGCACGGACGGCCCCACGGGACGGAGCUGCGUGCACAAGCUGAACGUCAUGUUCAUGAAGACACACAAGACAGCCAGCAGCACCAUCCUCAACAUCCUCUUCCGCUUCGGGGAGAAGCAUCGCUUGAAAUUCGCCUUCCCUAAUGGCCGCAAUGACUUCUUCUACCCCUCCUACUUUGAGCGCAGCCAAGUGCAGCACUACCAUCCGGGCGCGUGCUUCAACAUCAUCUGCAACCAUAUGCGCUUCCAGUACGAGGAGGUGCGCAAGCUCCUGCCGGCUGACACCAUCUUUGUCACGGUGCUGCGGGACCCUGCCUACCUCUUCGAGUCCUCUUUCCACUACUUUGGGCCUGUCAUUCCCCUCACCUGGAAGCUGACGGGGGAGGACAAGCUGGCAGAGUUCCUCCGGGACCCCUGGCACUACUAUGACCCCAAUGGGUUCAACGCCCACUACCUCCAAAACCUCCUCUUCUUCGACUUGGGCUACGACAACAACAUGAACGCUAACAGCCCACUGGUGGAGGAGCACAUCCAGGAGAUAGACCGCCGUUUCCACCUCGUCAUGUUGCUCGAGUACUUUGAUGAGUCCCUGGUGCUGCUAAAGGACCUGCUGUGCUGGCAGCUGGAGGAUGUCCUCUACUUCAAGCUCAAUGCUCGGAAGGGUUCCACUGUCUCCCGGCUGACACCUGAGCUCUAUGAGAAGGCCACCUCCUGGAACCUCAUCGAUGCCAAGCUCUACCGUUAUUUUAAUGCUACCUUCUGGCGUAAAGUGGAGGCCUACGGGAGGGAGCGGAUGGCCAAGGACGUGGCCAAGCUGCAGGAGGAGAAUGAGAAGAUGAAAAGCAUCUGCAUCGAUGGGGGACAUGCCGUGGACGCCAGCGCCAUCCAAGAAUCCUCCAUGCAACCCUGGCAGCCGCUGGGGGAGAAGUCAAUCCUGGGCUACAACUUGAAGAAGAAGAUCAACAAGAAGCACCAGAAACUGUGCCGCAAGAUGCUGACACCUGAAAUCCAGUACCUGACUGACCUGGGGGCCAACCUCUGGAUCACCAAGCUGUGGAGCCAUGUGCGGGACUUCCUGAAGUGGUAGGGGGUGGCGGGUGCUCCACUCCCUCCAGCAAUGAACCAGGUGCUUUCCCUUUCCUUAUUCAUGGUGUCUUUUGGUUGGACAUGAGCAGAACAAGCUGAAGGCUCUGCAAACACCCAAAGAACCCUCCAUCACCUUCCUGCUGAGUCCCUACUUGGGCAGGAGCCCAUGGUGGGGCUGCUGUCACCCACCAGCAGGGAGAAAGGAGGCCCCAACCCGGGCUCCAAGGGGUUGGGGAUUGAGAGCUGGUGGGCGUUCCAGCACAAUACAGUCUUCCUUCCCCAUGGAAAGGCCAGAGAAAGUGUUUGUGAAGGACACAGCUUCAUCACAAUGAGAGCAGGACAUCCAUCACCACAUUGCCGCGGUGUGGGCAAGGAUGGACCUGGCCAGUGGUGGCGGGGGGUUCUCCUCACCCAGGGUGGGCAGAGCUGCCGGCAGGGAAGCCGAACCCCGAGGAGCCCCUCAUACCACUUUGUUUCCCCCAAGCCCUUCUUCCGGGGCCAUGGGUCAGAGCCUGCCCAUGGGUUUGAUGAGCAUAGGGCAUCCUCAGCCUUCCACCAGUCCAUGGCAGGUCAUGAUCUGGAGCAGCCAAAAGUUUUGGUGGUGACCACACUUGGGUUUGGAGGACAGAAAACCACCCCAAAAGCCCCAGUGUUUAUCAAUGGGCUCAUGGGCCCCGUGGGCAAAGGGUGUCUGUGCAGGCCCCCCUGCAGCCUCCCGUUGCCCAGGUUAGAGGGCCCUGUGGCUCUGGUCCCUGCAGAGGACAUCUCAGGAGGCCCAUGGGGUCUGGUGAGAACUGGUGUGGGGAGGAGGUGGGGAGUGAGGUCUGUCCCGGUGAUGCCAUCCCCCAGGUGCAAGGGAGUUGCCAAGGAUGGAGUCCCAUCAGGACCCAGGCUGGUGGGGGCAGCCCCAUGCCAGGAACAGUCCCAUGGCGGGGACAACCCCAUGGAGCGGGGAUAGCCCCAUGGAGGAGGACAUCCCCAUGGAGGAGACAUCCCUGUGGAGGAGGACAGCCCCAGAGAGAAGGGGACAACCCCAUGGCAGGGACAGCCCUCAGGCAUCCCGGCUGGGCUGGAUGACACCGGCAAUACAGUGUCCUGCCAAGAGCAGCCCUGGCUGGGCACGGAGGUGGCACCUGCAGCUGAGCCUGCCCGGUGGCCAAGGGACCCGCGCGACCCCAGCCCUGUUCUGCUCACUUUGUAAAGACCUGAAAUAAAAA